GUGGGUGGUACUGAUACCGAGCGGCCUAAGGUCCGCAACCGCCGACGGGCCUCCCGCGUAGCCGGGCUCGGGGAGCAUCUCUGCGAAACGCGAGUACGUGUGCAGAUCCGGGGACUAGAACACUGUGGGGACCGGCCAGAGUCAGUGCAGGCGGCGCGUGCCCGGCUUGCGGGAGCAGGUGCUGCCCAAGGACGGGAGCCAGGGAGGCGCGUGCGGCGGACGAGGAGUCUCUGAGGUUCGGAAGGUGGAGGUCACCGAGGUGUGAGCCGGCCGCACCGCCCAGGUGGGGAGUGCCGGGCGGCCAUCUCGUUCAUCACAGCGGCCUGCCCCCCAGGAGGUGCCCAGCAGGUGCUGCAACGAGGUGUUGAAUGAGGACUGCGCCCCAGCCUGCUUUUCUGCGAGAUGUUGGGAUUUUUGCAGCGCCCUGUAGUGGUGACGGCUGAUGUCAACCUGAACGUGGUGGCUCUCACUGUGGCGGGGUUGCUGAGCCGACUGUGGCGACUCACCUAUCCCAGGGCUGUGGUUUUCGACGAAGUGUAUUAUGGGCAGUACAUCUCUUUUUACAUGAAGCGGGUCUUCUUUUUUGAUGGCAGUGGACCGCCCUUGGGCCACAUGCUGCUGGCCCUGGGAGGUUAUUUGGGAGGAUUCGACGGUAACUUUUUGUGGAACAGAAUUGGAGCAGAGUACAGCAGCAACGUGCCCGUCUGGUGCCUGCGCCUGCUGCCCGCCCUGGCGGGGGCCCUGUCGGUCCCCAUGGCCUACCAGAUCGUGUGGGAGCUCGGCUUCUCCCACUGCGCCGCCGUGGGAGCCGCCCUGCUGAUGCUCAUCGAGAACGCUCUCAUCACUCAGUCGAGGCUCAUGCUUUUGGAAUCGGUGUUAAUAUUCUUUAAUCUGUUGGCUGUGCUGGCCUACCUGAAGUUCCACUCCCAAAAACGCAGGCCCUUCUCUCCGAGCUGGUGGCUUUGGCUGGCGUUGACAGGGGUGUCCUGCGCCUGUGCGGUUGGCAUCAAGUACAUGGGUGUUUUCACUUACCUGCUGGUGCUCGGGGUCGCCGCCGUCCACACCUGGCACCUGAUAGGAGACCAGUCCCUGUCAAACGUGAGUGCUGACGGCGCGCAGCGCCCGACUAGCCACCUGAGGUGCGCAGGGGGUGGCAUGGGAGCGCCGGGUGGCCCAGCGCCAGGAGGCUGCGCUGUGUUGAGCCGUGGCACCUGCGCUGUGCGAGGGGGGGCCUGCGCGCCUCCGCGUGGGUGGGCAGGGACGCCUCCGCCUCCGCAGGUCCGCGUGCUCUGCCACGUGCUGGCCCGCGCAGCGGCGCUGCUGGUCGUCCCGGUUGCUACCUACCUGCUGUUCUUCUACGUGCACCUGACUCUGCUCUGCCGCUCUGGGCCGCACGACCAGAUCAUGUCCAGCGCGUUCCAGGCCAGCCUGGAGGGCGGGCUGGCGCGGAUCACACAGGGCCAGCCCCUGGAGGUGGCCUACGGGUCCCAGGUCACUCUGAAGAGCGCCUUCGGCAAGCCUGUGCCCUGCUGGCUCCAUUCACACCAGAGCACCUACCCCGUAAUAUACGAGAGCGGCCGGGGCAGCUCCCACCAGCAGCAGGUGACCUGCUACCCCUUCAAGGAUGUCAACAACUGGUGGAUCGUCAAGGACCCUGGGAGGCACCAGCUGGAGGUGAACAACCCGCCGAGGCCCGUGCGGCACGGGGACGUGGUGCAGCUGGUGCACGGCAUGACCGCCCGCCUGCUGAACACGCACGACGUGGCAGCCCCCGUCAGCCCCCACGCGCAGGAGGUGUCCUGCUACGUCGACUACAACAUCUCCAUGCCCGCCCAGAGCCUCUGGAGGCUGGACAUCGUGAACAGGGACUCAGACGUGGAGACUUGGAGGACCAUCCUGUCAGAGGUUCGCCUCGUGCACGUGAACACCUCCGCCAUCCUGAAGCUGAGCGGGGCACACCUCCCCGACUGGGGCUUUCGGCAGCUGGAGGUGGUUGGGGAGAAGCUGUCCCGGGGCUUCCACGAGAGCACCGUGUGGACCGUGGAGGAGCAUCGCUACGGCAGGAGCCAGGAACAGAAGGAGAGGGAGCUGGAGCUGCACUCGCCUGCCCAGAUGGACAUCAGCAGGAACCUGAGCUUCAUGGCCCGGUUCUCGGAGCUGCAGUGGAGGAUGCUGACGGUGAGGAGCGACGACUCGGAGCACAAGUACAGCUCCACGCCGCUGGACUGGGUCACCCUGGACACCAGCAUCGCCUACUGGCUGCACCCCAGGACCAGUGCUCAGAUCCACCUGCUGGGAAACGUCGUGAUCUGGGCUUCCGCCGGCCUGGCCACUGUGCUGUAUGCUCUGCUCUUCUGCUGGUACCUGCUCCGGCGCCGCAGAAACAUCUGCGACCUCCCUGAGGCCUCCUGGCUGCGCUGGGUGCUGGCGGGGGCCCUGUGUGCUGGCGGCUGGGCAGCGAACUACCUUCCGUUCUUCCUGAUGGAGAAGACGCUUUUCCUGUACCACUACCUGCCUGCACUCGCCUUCCAGAUCCUGCUGCUUCCUGUGGUCUUGCAGCAUGUGGGGGAGCACCUGUGCAGGUCCGAGCUGUGGAGGAGCCUCUUCGGUGCCGUGGUGGUGGCGUGGUUCUCUGCCGCCUGCCACGUGUUCAACGUGCUGCGCCCACUGACCUAUGGGGACACGCCGCUCUCAGCCAGCGAACUCCAGGCCCUUCGCUGGAAGGAGAGCUGGGACAUCUUGAUCCGCACGCACACACAGGACGCGGCCCAGUGAGCCCCUGGGCGGGUGGGAUCGCACGCGGCCGCCUCCGGUGACUGCUGCUCGGGGGCUGGUCAAGCCUGGCAAAGGCCGCUCUGGCUUUGUUGCUGAAACAGUCCUAGGAUGAGCGCCGCAUUUUAAGCAGUUUGUUUUUACCUGGUUUAAUAAAGGACACGCCAUGUCCCGUAGUUCUUAGGGCCCCUCAAUGAGGACAUGUCGUGUUGACC